AUGAGACGAUUUGCUCGACGACGUGUUUCUUAUGUCAUUACUCACGAUCAAGACGAACACGGACAUCUUUUAGGAGUUAAUUCUUUAACUCUAGACGCAAGUACUGUGAAUCCAGACUCUGGAAAACCAGAAGGAAUAUUAUAUACUGCUGGACGUGAUGGAGUUAUAUCUUCAUGGGACCUACACAUGCCAUUUAGAGAAAAAAGAGAAGAAAGUGAUUCGUUAAACCAAAAAGCAGAAACUUUUAAUACCGAAGAAACGGAUGAUAAUUUUCCUAUAGGCCAGCAACUUAACGAUUUUAAAAGCUGGGAACUCGAUAGUGAAAAGUUAUAUACUACUCAACCAUCACCAAAAUCAACCUUUCGCCAAUCCUUUCAUAGUCACACCGAUUGGGUAAAUGACAUUGUAUUAUGUCAUAACAAUCAAACUCUUAUAUCCGCCUCAUCUGACCGCACAUUAAAACUCUGGCAUCCUCAUAAAACCGAUAAUCCGAUAAAUGUGGGUAAUCAUACUGAUUACAUCAAAGCUCUUGCAUAUGCACCUGGUCCUGGUUGGGUUGCUAGUGGUGGCUUUGAUCGAAAAAUUGCUAUUUGGGAUAUUAUAGAGUGCAGACCUUCGUCAAAUGAAUAUAAUCAGGCCAACUUUUUAGAACAUGAAUUUAAGCCCAAAGUUGCAAUUCAUGAAGCAUCUCCAAAGUCAUCUGUGUAUGCCCUUGCUUGCAAUCCUUCAGGAACGGUGCUCGUUUCUGGUUCUCCAGAAAAGAUAAUUCGUGUAUGGGACCCACGUACCGGCAAGCGAAUAAUGAGAUUUACCGGACAUACGGAUAAUAUUAGAGCUAUCUUAGUAAGCGAUGAUGGUGAAUUAAUUUUAUCAGGAUCAUCAGAUACUACAAUCAAACUUUGGUCUUUGACGGCCCAAAGAUGCAUCAAUACUUUUACCAUACAUUCUGAUUCUGUUUGGGCGCUAUUCUCAGAUCAUCCACGUCUUGGAACUUUUUAUUCAGGAAGUAAAGAUGGAUUAGUGGCAAAAACCGAUUAUAGCGGUUGUGCGGAAAUUCGUGACGGCGAAUGUGUAGCGAUCUGCAAGGAAAAUGCGAGUAUUGUAAAGGUAGUAGCUUUAGAUAACAAAUACGUGUGGACGGCUACAUCUAAUUCAAAUAUCAAUAGAUGGUUAGACGUUCCAAUCCAUCCUCGUCGUAAAAAUUUCUCUUAUGUACCAACAUCAACUUCUAAUCCAACCUCUCCAGCCUCUCCAUCUUCGCCAACUAUACCUUCUUCAGCGAUCAUUAAGCUUACUUCCUCGGAUACUUCAUAUGGUGCCGCCGCUGCAGACUCUGAGAUUAAUACAGUACAUUCUAUAGAUUUAGUAGCAAUUGAAGAACAACCAUUUGGUGACGUUGAUAGUGAUGAUCCUAUUCCAAUCCGAGAUUAUCCAGAUUCAGUUAUACCAGGUCAACACGGUUUAAUUAAGCAUUGUAUAUUAAACAGUCGCAGACAUAUACUCACGGUUGACACUUCGGGCGAAGUUGCACUUUGGGAUAUUAUUGAGUGUAUCCGUAUUAAAACAUUUGGUAAACGGGAUUUGGAUGAGGUUUCCCAAGAAAACAAUUCCAUCGAGUCAAUACCAAACUGGUGUAAAGUAGAUACUAGAAUUGGAGCUUUAACUAUUCAAUUAGACGAAUCCCAAUGUUUUGAUGCGGAAAUAUAUGCAGAUGAGAUUGGAACACAAGAAGAUCCAGAUACACGCGAGGAAAUAAAAAUUAAUCUUGGAAAAUGGGUGCUGAGAUAUUUGUUUGCCAAUUUUGUUCAAGCUGCAAACAAAGCACAUGAAGAGAAUCAAAUUCAGGAGUCUUUACAACAGCAGAAAACUUCACAUGACUCAGUAUUACAGCAUCAUCAUGAGACUUUACAAAGUGAACCACAGUCUCCGAAUCAGCUACAGCAUAUUUCAUUUCCUCCUGCUACAAUGCAAGCUCAAUUUGGUGAUGUUACGAAUAUGACUGCUAAUGCAAAUGUUUCAAUGUUCGCAUCGUCGACAUUAAAUAUGAAUCUAGGUCCUGUUAUUCCUAAUCCUGUCGCUACUCCUAUUUCAUCUUCUAACGCUAUGAAUACCACUACUACCCUUCAAUCACCUACUACUACCCAAUUUGCAGCAUUCACUGCUGGUCCAUUUACUGCACCUGCUACUACUGGAGGACAACCUGAUUAUUUUUCCGGCUCACAUCAUAAUUCACCAACUAGUCCAACGGAAACUUCAGCUAUGCGUACGCCUCCCGGAACCACAGUAGUAAGCAAUAUGGGUUCGGUUCCGGCAGCACAAAUUAUUCAACCACCGCCACCAGCAUUAGUUAAUCAAACAUCAAAUAGCAAUGGAUCUUCAAACACUAUGAUGGGUCGACUUAAACACUCGUUGAAAUUGAAUAAUGGUGCCCGAAAGCUGUCGCGGUCUCCUAGCGCUGAUGCAAAAAGUGAAAAUGCAUUAUCAAUAAGCGUUGGCAAUUAUCCAAACUCAAGAAUUAUUCCAGAUAACAAAUCAAAUACUUUCUCUCAAGUAUCGGAAGAAGACGGCCAGAGCAAAGAUGAAGAUGAAGCGGAAAAAAAGAUAAACUCUCCAACUAGUGUGCAUCCUCCGUCAACUGUUUCACAUUCACCUGCUACAACUGUACAACAACAAUCUCUUGUUCAACAAACAAAGGGCAAUCAACAGCCUGGAUUAAUAAAUAUACCUACUCUACCUGCACCUUUGGGACAUUUUGAUUUACACGAAAGUCCUGCAAUUAAUAUUCCAUCGCAUACUACAGUAAUAAUUUCUGAAGAAUCUCCGGAAGCUUCAACUAGUGUAGAUUUAUACCGUGGUACGAUGGCUUCACUUGGUUUAGAUUACGAGGAAAUUGAGCGGCAGGCGCCAUCAUGGCUUUACGAUUUUUUAAUAAAGAAUAAAGUCCCAUAUAAAGAACCGGCAAAAAUUAGUUUUAUUUUACGCCCUCAUGAAGGAUCUGAAUUGAGUGAGCUAUCCAAUGGCAAUGUGAAGCUAGCAGCACCUCGAAUCCUUCGCGUGCGGAAAAUGCUCAUAUAUGUUAUAGAGAGGCUUGAACCUUCACCAACAAGCACUACAAAUAAUAGUCAUAACGCAUCAGCAGAUGAAGCAGAAAGAGAAGAGGAAAAGAAAAUACGAACUUUAAAGCCCGAGAUGUGGGUAGAAUUACUGUGUCAAGAACAAGUUUUGCCUCCAACAAUGACUUUGGCAACGAUAAAAGCACAUAUAUGGAAAUCCGGUGGUGAUCUUGUGAUGACAUAUAGAAUGCGUAUGAAAAACGUUUAA